AUGGUUUGGUGUGUGUUCCGUCCCUGGAACUACAUCAACGGCCCGGCUUAUGACGGCGCUGACAUUGCAGAUGAGGGAUUGCCCCCAUCACAUCUUCUCAAGCCGUCUUAUGGUUUGAAGCCAGCUUGGAAAGACAGUGUCGAGGAGCGUUCGGCACCAGAGCCUGCACCAGUUGCUCCUACGACGAAAAAGUACUGGGAGGUGAGGUCUUGUCUUGGAUAUAAGAUUCAUGACCAAGAAUCACAAGAUCUUGUAAUAUGCUGGCUUGUCGUGACGAAGGCGUAUGGAGCUGAUGAUAAGACAGCGUAA